ACCAAGAAUUUCCCUGCCUGUCUGUCUGGAACCAUCCAUUCCCAGAAUGGGGAGACCGCGAUCUCGGCCGAGAGGCCCCCGCGCACAGAUAGAGCCCACGUCCACGCCAGGGCGAGGGGAGAGGAGUGGGAGGUGGGCAAGGCGCCCCGUGCCGGCUGCGGCGAGCCCACGCACGGCCGGAAUCUCGCCCCGUGCGGUGGACCGGCAGGCGGUGACGGUGGCGCGGGUCCGGCGGACACCCCCGCCAGUGAGAGCAAUAGUUCAGCCCGCAGGAUAGCGAGCAAAAUGGCGGCUGUGAAAUGGAUGGAGGACGAGAGCGAACAAUAAUCAAGUAUCCCCAUUAGCGUGCUUGCUGUUCGCGUCUCCGGCAGCGGAAAGAGAGAACUCUGCAGCCACGCUCUUUGAAAACUUGACGGUUGUACCCUGCCUUGUUUGUACGUGGCUGUUGUGAGAGAUCACCCAAGGCGAUGCCCACAGCGCGAGCCGGAGAAGUAACUGCAAGAAUGGCUGAUCUGAAGCAGGAAGCCAACGAGGAGCCCAAUCCAGACUCUGCGUGUGACAGUACAGAUAUCACUCAGGUGUCAUUAAAGACUCAGACAUCAUCUCUGAAGAACAAUACUUCAUGUCUGCCGGAGCAGCUGUCCUCAGACAUUUAUGAAAAACCCUUAAAUGGAGCCCAGCCAGCUCUAUUUGUACAUAGUAGUGCCCCUGCUGCUUCCGUUGCAGAGCGUACCUUGCCUUCAGAAACCGUUGUUAAUGGACCUGUUUCGCACACCACCUCAGAUAAGCUGUGCACCCUAAAGAAAGCCAGUGUGACGCUGAGUAACACCCAAGCUACAGAGCCAUCGUCAAAGACCUCCAGCCCUCACGUUUUGCAGCCACCUAAUGAACAUGAGAUGCCUACAAAAUUGGACACUAAGAAGACUGCACAGCCAGCAGGGAAGGGAUUUAUCCCUGACUCACUGACCACGCAGAAAGAUGGCCGGGCAAAGAAGUGCGACGUGGAAGAGCAGUCCAAGGCGGGGGACACCGUUCUGUCCGAGGAGACGUCCGACGAAACGCCCAUCACCCACACACAGACCCGGCAGGAAGUGAACCAUGGGAGUACAUGGGACUUCUCUCUAGAGUCUUCCGAAAGCUCCUCGGAUGAAUACGAAAGCCAUGACCUGAACUGGGACCCUCAGAAGGAGUUCAUGCGGUUUCUGUGGGAAGACGAUGAGAACGACAUGGAGAAGGAGGAAGAAGCCCCACCUCAGCCUAGUGGCCAGAGAAGGAGGAAGCGUAAGAUGGACAUUGUAGAGAUGGACGACAUUUCUGAGAACGUUUGGUCUGACUUGAACCACGCCUCCAAAAGAUCGAAAAUGGAUGGUGCCCCAGAGUAUGAGGAGGGCUUUCAAAACACUGUUUCCCAUAAGAAGGUGCAUUCCUUAAGGAAAAAACCCAACGCAGAGUCGUCUGUCAAGUCAGGCGAGAACUAUCCCAGUGAAACCGUCGAAGCCAUCAAACAGCUGAUUUUAAGUUCGCCGGCAAAAAACCAUCUGGAUGAAAAUGACGACGAUGAGACGGAAGGCCUUCCCAUUGCAGGAGGCAAACUGAAACCAAUAAAGACCGAGCCGUCAGCAGGCCUGGGGGCUGAGCAGGAGCCCUCGUUUUUCCCUUGCACAAAGUGCAAUGUGAAUUUUAAAGAGAAGAAGCAUUUGCAUAGGCAUAUGAUGUAUCACUUAGAUGGAAAUAAUCAGUUCCGUCAUGUUAAUGUGCCAAGGCCCUUCAUAUGCAGGGAGUGUGGGCGUUCCUUCCGCGACCGCAACUCUCUGCUGAAACACAUGAUCAUUCACCAGGAGAGGAGGGAGAAGCUAAUGGAGGAAAUAAAAGGAAUGAAUGAACUGCAGGACGAAGGCAGGAAUGCAAGAUUACAGUGCCCACAGUGUGUUUUUGGAACAAAUUGCCCCAAAACCUUUGUUCAGCAUGCCAAAACGCACGAGAAGGAUAAAAGGUAUUACUGUUGUGACGAGUGCAACUUCAUGGCAGUGACAGAGAAUGAACUGGAGUGUCACCAGGUCAGUGCCCACAGUGCAACACUGAAGCCCACUUAUAUAUUCAUGCAGAAGAAUUACACAAAAGGUCAGAAGUUAGCAGCCAAGUAUGGUUUAUUAAGCCGUUCCCAAAAAUCUGUCUCCUAUGCUUGUAAAAUAUGCCCUUUCAGCACUCUGAACAAAAACGUUCUGAAAAAACACGUUGAGCUUAUCCAUCAGCAGCAAUAUCACGAAGAGCAUGAUUGUCCACCGUAUGGCAAAAAAAUUGACUAUGCAGCCCCAGCAUUUGAGCAGCAGAAGUUUGCAGGGAAGUCGCAAAAAAUUGAGUUGCCGAGAUUACAGUUGAAGCCAAAGUUCUGCAUGGAGAAGCCAGCUUUCAGGAACCGGUCAGAAACACCCUUCUUGUCAGAUGGUUUCUCUGACCUGUUCAGAAAGAACAAAAACAUGCAGAAAGCCAGGAAAGGCAUUUUGAACUCUAAACUGACCAAAUGGAGUCUUAGCAAUGCUGCGAGCCAGUUGUCAUCUUCUCGCAAGAACGAAAAGCAGAACAAGUUGUUCUUUCAACAGAACGAGAAAAUUGACGUUACAACAGGUCUUCCGUAUGCAGAAGACAGCGAUGGGGAGCAUGACUAUGGAGGCAUGUUUCCAAUGAACCUGGAAAAGCAGAGCUCACACACCAACAGUUACAAGUUACAAGCCCCCAAAAUGGAAAAGUCCGGCAGCAUCUACUUUCCUAGCUACGACUCCGACCACAGCCAAGGAGACAGUGAGGAUUCUGAUAGCAGGAACUUAGGGGGGGUGAGGUCGGUCAGCGGGAAGUCUCCUAACAAAAGGAAAAUGACAUCUCCCUAUUCAGAUGCUGCGGAAAAGGUCACUCUCGCCAUCCUGCCCAAACCCGAACAAAAUCAGAAGCAGAAUGAUGGGGCCGAGGACCCUGGGGAAGACAACUACGACUUCAGCGACUAUACCAGCGAGGCUACGGCAAACUUCUUGGAUUGUAAUGAAAAUGAGCAAAACCCGUACGCUAGGAACUAUUUUAUCCGUAGACAGAGGUUUACCUCGUCCAAAGACGAGAGGGGCCCGACCAGCCACGUGUUUGAAAAGAGUGGUGGCAGCGCUGAAAAAGACACAAAUGCCAUCCAGAAAGUCAGGGUCAAGGAAGAGUGUAUCGAAACCGAAGUCUGUGAAGAGGCGCCCGAAUCCGGCUUGGCGCUGCACAGCGACGCCUAUCCCACGUUUGAUGUGUCCCCCUUCACAACGGAGAGGAAGUCGUGCCCGUACUGCCCCGCGCUGUUCGAGUCGGGGGUCGGCCUGUCCAACCACGUCCGCGGGCAUCUCCACAGGGUGGGGCUGAGCUACGACGCGCGCCACGUCGUGUCGCCAGAGCAGGUCGCUUCUCAGGACAGGAAGCCGCGCAUCCGGAGGAAAAUCACUGCAGUGAGGCGCAUUAAAAAAGUGGACAAGCCCGAGUCGCAGACGGAGCACACCUGCCCCCUCUGCGGGGGCUGGUUCGACACGAAGACCGGCCUGUCCAAUCACGUCCGGGGCCACCUGAAGCGGAUCGGGAAGACCAUCUCCAGCACCAGCAAAUCCCCCGUCUGCAUCCUCAACGAGAUGAUGCAGGACGAGGAGGAGUACAAGCACCUCUUACAGGUGCUCAGCAAGAAGCGCUUCUUCUCCCGGCCCUUCGUGUCCCAGAAGUUCGCCAGCAGUGACGGCCUGUUCCUGUCGCCCACCGGGAUUCCGGUGAAAAUCCAGCACACCAGCCAAGACGGGAAGGCGUGGGGCGCGGCGGUGGCGCGGCAGGAGGAGGAGGGCUCGGAAAAACAGCGGACAGAGGCCAACCCCGAGGAGAAGGGCUCUCCGUCGAGCACUCUGAUCGAGCUCCUGAAGAAGAGGAGACAGGACGAGGAGAUGGAGAUGUGCAAGAAUCGCUCCCAGACCGCGAGGAAGCGGCUCGCUGCCUCGCCUCCCAAAGAUGGCAGCACUGGGACAACGGUGAAAACGGAGCUCACCUGGCAGCCAGAGAAAAACGAGCUCAAUAAGAAAGUGUGCGUGCACUGCAACACCACGUUCCCCAGCGCGGUCAGCCUGUCCAACCACCUGCGGGCGUACGCGAGGAGGAAACGGGCGGCGCUCCUGGAAGGAACCACUUAUGACUGCAAGCAGAAGAAACCUCGGUCGAGGCCAGGGCCGAAGAAGAAGGUCUUCCCGCUGCCCCACACGGCGGACGAAAUAUACAGGCUGACGUGCAGGUUCUGCGACCUGGUGUUCCAGGGCCCGCUGUCGGUGCAGGAGGACUGGAUCAAACACCUGCAGCGGCACCUCAUGAACACCAGCGUCCCCAGGACGGGGGCCGGCAUGGUGGAGGUCACCUCGCUGCCCACAGACGUGCCCGCCCUGCCCGAGCCCUCGCCCCUGCUGGUGCCACAGGCCGCCUCCUGAGCAGAGAGCUACUGAGCCACAUCAGUGUGCAUAUGUACAUAGUAUACAUAAAAUAUACAUAUAAAUAUAAUUUUUUAUGAUGCGGACAGACAUUACCUUCCCUUUUUAUAGAGGCGUCUUAUUGUCCUUUUACAAGAACUGUACAAUUACUAAUAGAAGGCUGUUCUAAGAUGUCUUGAGGAAGAGGAAGUGGACAGCGAUGGGUUUGUGGGCUGCGUAGCUCGGCCUUACUGGCGUCGAGAGCCGAUUUCGAAAGCGAGUGCGUUUUUGGCGGGGUUUCACGCGAUCUUUCCGUUUUGUGAGGGGUAGACGCCAGCGUGGCGGCCGUUCAUUUUUCUCAGUUUGUGUUUCAGUCGACAGUGCAAACCCACUACCAAAAGAGACAACCCGUACCUCAGAUCCCGGCAGGCUGGCGGCGGCAGCUCGGCGAGAUGCUGCUUUUGCAGAAACACUGGCAGGAUGUUUGUUCGCGGACUGUACAGGCAGAAGCUGUUCAAUAAAGUGAACAGUCAUGUGGUGUAAAUUCUGUUUUAAUUCACAUUAAGCACACGAUGACCGACAUCAAAAAGAUUUAAACUGAAGACAGAUCAUGCUGUUCAGCCUUUAAAAACUUACAGGACUGUAUGAAGAUUUUGUCUUUUUUCUAAGCAUAGAAAUAUUUUUUACUAACUCAAAAUGCAUUGAUUUAGUUCACACACAUAUUGCUUGCACAAAAGCUUGUUGGAUUCAGGGUCAGGGCUAGCUGGGUACAAACAGUGAGACUUCACUGAUAUAAGUUCCUGAAUUAUAUUAGACGUUGAUGUCUAUUAGAUCAUUUAAGCAAGUAAAAAAUACAAACUUGUAUUGUUUUGCUGUGGCGGAAACUCUUCUGUAAUGGUGUUUAAUACUGUUUUUAUAAUAUUUCCUCUUAUUAAGAAACCCUUAUGUGAAAACUACCUUUCUGAUUACUGUUUCAGGACACAUGCAGGUAAACAUGAACAGAGUCAUCUACAGAUAAUUAUACACGUAAACCACAUGGUAAUGGUGCUGAAAUUUCUUCAUUCUGUAUGCUAAAUUAAAAAAAAAGAUAAAAGGUUUUAGUUUUUUCAUUGCAAAAAAUAAACUGUGUGUGUUUCGGAGUAGUGAGUGUAACAAAAACAAGUGAAGCAUUUGUAUUUAAUUUUUGGAUGUACUGAAAUGGCGGUAUCCACCGUGUAAAUCCUUCAGCCUCCUGCUGUAGAUAUAGCACCCCUUUGCUGAAAUAAAAAAGGUAAAAUUUUCUUCUG